UGAAGUUUCAUUCUGGAGUAUUGGUAGCUGGCAAUCAAAAGAGUAAAUGGACCCAUUAUUAUGAAAUAUAAAUCUCCGUUCAACAAACUGGCAAUAAGUGACCUUUGAGAAAAGCAUUAUACAGAAGCUUUAUGUGCACGUUGUUUCAUUCCGGCGACGUCUUUGAAGGACUCAGCUUCAAAUUUUUACGAGGUGGAUAUAGUUAAUAGUAUAUUAACUAUAUGAAUUGAUAUUUGUAAAUUGAAGACUUGCUAAAGUUAAAGAGGCGGACUUGCAUAUGGCUGUAUAGAAAAUGACUAUUCUGACGAGUGGUAUAUGAGAAAACAAUCCAAAAUGAUAUAACAAAAUAGUGUCCAUAGGAUGUUAUAUCUUCAAUCAUCAACUGCUAUGGAAACAAAUAACGUUUAAGACAGUUCGGGAUAAAGCAGGAUUGAAAAGCUGAUAUCUUAAGAAUACUUUAUAACAGUUAUAGAUGAAUGUUUAAUUUAUCCCAUCAAGAAAUACGAUACAUAUUCCUCUGCAUUACAUGCAGAUUUUGAUUUAUAAAAUUGCGCAUUGUUCAUCUACGGCAUAUACGUUCCAACACGUAACGCGCAUAUGUCCAAGUUUUAGAAAUUGUGAAUAGUAAACUUUAUUCAAAGAGCCUUCUGAUCAUUUGCAUAAAGUUUAUAGAGUUUAUCUGGACGAAAAAGGUGUUGCCUUGAACUAAUGAAGAACGCAGAUAAUAAAGAUAGAAUUGCAAUGUAAACUAACAAUUUAUCAGCGAGGAUUACAUUUUUGUUUACAUCCAGUGUCUAAUUUAUCGAUAUAAUUUACGAGGAAUAUUUUGGGAUAUUUUCUUCGGAAGGCAAAUCAAAAUAAAGUGUAAUAUAAACAACAGCAGAAGAAACUGUUAAUCACUUUGUUUAUGUUUUGUUUGCCAAAACCAAACCAGAGUAAAUAUACAUAUUAUCAUCCGUUAUCUAUUUGUGGUUAUUGUUAUUAAUUUUCUUUAUUAUUAUUAAUGAGUACCGACAUGAAUGCGCAAACUAAAGAACUAACCAAGUUUGUGGUUUUGAAUGGGACGCUGACAAAUACAUCGAGUGAUAUCGACGAUUUGGCGAUGAUUGAAUCAGUGAAUCAACAACAGUUUCAGUUUCAACUUCCGGCAAUAAUAUACACUAUCAUAUUAAUGAUGAUUGGAACUCCAGGGAAUGCCAUUGUCUUAUAUGUGUAUUUCUUCAAAUGGAGGAAAAGCACGUCACGAAUGUUCAUCCUAUUUCUAACAUCACUGGAUUUGGUAAAUUGCAUUACUACUCUCCCAAUGGAGAUAUUUAUGAUGAGAUACUCGGUAAUGUUAGACAGACCCUGGCUGUGUAAGAUAUCUAGAUUUUCAACCUACACCAUGAAUAGCUCAUCAGCAGCACUUUUGGUAGCGAUUGCUGUUGACAGGUAUCGGCGUAUUUGUAGACCACACGGUCCACAAUUCAGUGCGAAAGCUUCAAAGUACAUCAGUAUUUGCUGUAUUGCGCUCGCAUUGUCUUUAACAUGGCCAUCAUUACUAUUUUAUGGCACGCGUAGUGUCAAAUUAGGAAAUGUUGAAGGAAAGGCUUGUUUAUUGGAGAAUAAAUUCGAUGAUUCCGUAUAUCCCCAUGUUUAUUUCGUCGUGAUGAUGGCAAGCACUGUCGUUAUAUUUACGACAUUGUCUGUGUUAUAUUACUUUGUCGGCAUUCAAGUUUGUAGGCAUAGAAGAAUGAGAUUGAAGAGAAAACGGGAACAAACGGCUGCUCAGAACUUAGUGAUACGUGAACCAAGCAUUAGUAAAGACGACACCUUACUGCAAGAUUCAGACUCAAAAGAAGUAAGGAAUAACACGACGGAGCAGUCAGAAAAUCGAAACAAUGACACUUACCAAACAGGAAACUUAAUCGAACAUCAAUCACAUAAUCGUAUAGAGCUAUUGUCCUUACCUGUAAGAACAUCUAACAACGAUCUGUCGGUAGUAACGUUAGAUGAAAGUACGGUGAACAGUGAUGGUAGAAUUGCCGUUAGAUCCACUCCAGAGGUGCAACGAAAAUCUUUAUGUAAUAAAGAAAGACAAAAACACAAUAAAAACGGAUUUACCAAGAAGAAAAUGUGUUUGCGAGACUCUCUUUCUAAAUCGAACGGCUCCCAGUGCAUUCAUAUACGUGUCCGAAUAGGGCGCUCGACUUUAAUGCUGUUUCUCAUCACUUUAGCGUAUAUUGUUAGUUUCUUACCGUUUUAUGUAAUAGCAAUUUUUCGCCAGACUGACAGUACUUUUGUAUCACGAAUGGACGGCGCUGGCUACAUGGCUUAUCAUUUGUGUCUGAGGUCCUACUUGUUGUCCAGUGCAAUUAAUCCAAUAAUAUACUCCUUCUGUAAUUCUCAAUUUAGGAUAUUCUGUUUUGAUAUGAUGAAGAAACAAAAACGUCUAAGCAGUAGAAGCUUGUUGUAACAUUUGGUGCACGAUUUAGUUGUAGAUUUUGAUUUAUAUAUCCAAACAGGCCACCUCGUUCUACUUGGAAUGUUCUAUAUCGACAUAUUUUUACAAUACAAUAUUUAUCUUGAUAAAUGAUUAUUUUGCAUCCCAUAAUCUAUACUAGAGCCAACUUCAAUUCAAUGGCAGUACAUUUAAAUACGAAAGAUGAAUAUGCUUUUGUAUUCGAGGCGAAAUUGAUAGUUUAGGUCACCUCGAAUUGAAAGGCCGUAUAUGUCAAUGCACAGGAUAAACAUGCUUUUGUGUUUGUGCCGACAAUUUAUAGUCAUUAUUCUCAACGGUCGUAUACCGUUUUACCUUGUAUACUUUUAAAAUCGAGCAGCUAACGAAUGGAUUGGUUUUUGUGUUGAAUGUAUUUCGUUUUACGCUUUCAACAGUUAAUACAGCUCGAUUUAUGACGGCACU